ACAGCUGUAGCUGUAACCCUUAAUGUUUUUGAAAGGAAUACCUAGAAUGUAUACAGAGCACGAGCUCAUUCUAAUGAAACUAGCAAACGUGUAUAUCUGUGGCAAUUCAGCAGCAAAGAAAAGCAUAACCAUUAUCGCUAAGUCGUCUGAACACAGACAAGAACUGAUACAAAGCCUUUAGUGAUUUCUGAAACUUCUCCCUCACCAGCUCGUCCAGCUCUUCAUCCGUAAGGAAAUCGCUCGCACCCAAAGACAUGUAAUCGUCUUCCCUCCCCUCGCUGGGCCGAUCUGACCUCUGACCCCGAGGGGACCUCUGGAGGUUCCACAGAGGCGCCCGCUGCUCUGGAGGAUGCGGGUGGCACACGAGCCAGCGGGCAGUGCAUCGAUGCUGGAGGACCUGCUCCAGCAGGACGGGCUCAAGGUGGAGACCAUCCCCGAGAAGAAGGGCAUCCUCUUCCUCAAACACGUGGAGUACAGGCUCGCCAGCCAGCACUUCACGCUGCCUGUCACACGGAGGUUCAGUGACUUUGCCGCGUUCCAUGCGCUGCUGCUGCAAAGGUUCAUCUACAGGAUGGUGCCACCUCUGCCCCCGAAACGCGUCCUCAAAGGAGUUUGGAACCACAAGUCUGAACGUCAUUUCAUCGAGAGCCGUCGCCGCGGGUUACAGCGGUUCAUGUCCUUGGUGAUGCGGCACCCGAUACUCUCAGGGGACGAGCUGGUGAAGGUCUUCAUGACCGCUAGCAGCGCAGAGGUCCAGGUGAAGAUGCAAGAAUCAUUCAAGCGUAUGGGGGACGAGUACAUUACCUGCCCCUUGUCCACAAUAGUGAACCGGUUCAUGCCGGACGAUAUCCAGGCGCAGACGGAGACCAACCGAGAGUUCAUCUGCAGCAUGCUGAGCAGCUUCCACAAGCUGCGCGACGUCACCGAGAGGAUGUCCCAGCGCUCAAGAGAGAACUCCACUGACCUCAUCAUGUUCGGCAAGGACCUCCGAGCCCUGGGUAAAAAAGCCCAGCCUCCGCAGGUUGCCUCGGCAGCGCCAUCUUGGCAGAACCACCGGCAGUCCAUCCACGGGCUGUCCGAGGAGUUCCGCAUUCUGGCCGACAUGGCCGCACUCCAGGGGGAGAAGGAGGAGGAUGAGGUGGUGGAGAGGCUGAGUCUGUUCCUGGACCUGCUGCAGUCCUACAAAGAUCUGUGUGACCGUCAUGGGAGUGGGGUUUUGCUGGAGCACCAGAGAGUGCAGCAGAGGAGACCAGAUUCACUCAUAGAGCUGCUGGAGCAGCCAGAGUCACGCCUCACCCAGCAAGAGAACGCUAUACUGGCCAUGGAGCUGAGGAGCUAUUUCUCGCUGUUCUGUCUGCAUCAGGAGACCCAGCUGGUCUUCACCCACCUCCCCCUCACCACCAACAUCCUGGGGGCCUUCAUUCAGUCACAGAUCCAGGGACACAAAGAGAUGGGAGAGUUCUGGAAUGAGCUGUUGCCCAAACUCAACACCAUCUUCGAGGGCAACCCCAGAAUCUCCGCCUCGCCGCCGCGUUCGCCAUGCCGGAGGAUUAUUUUCCCAUGAUGCUCAGUGUCACAGCACCCAUUUUGACCGGAUUCCUUCGGGCACUGAAGAGUUUCACACACAUUCCAGUCCGCAUUGUGAAUGAACUGAAAUCUCACAUUUUGUCAUUGGCUUGAUUUUUAUCAUGUCUAAAUAAUUUCAAUUGAAUUAAAGAAGAUUUGUAAUUAUUAGUAACUGGGGAGUAAAAGGAAAAGUGUCAAAACAAACCUUGAUAUUAUAUUUCAUUGACCAACAUCUGGCGUCCAGAAUUUUCAUGAUUCAAUCAAAUCCUUUCAUCGUCCCAUCAAAUCCUGAUGUAUUGUUUUAUCGUCCAAUCAAAUCCUGAUAUAUACUUUCAUUGUCCAAUCAAAUCCUGAUAUAUCCUUUCAUCGUCCAAUCAAAUCCUGAUGUAUCCUUUCAUUGUCCAAACAAAUCCUGAUGUAUACAUCAAAUAUAUCAGAAAUGGUUAUUAAUGCUGUUUAAAAUGGUCUUAAACUACAGUAGUUUUCCUAAACAGCUCUUCUAGCAGAUCGUGUAGGCUCUGACUAAAUGAAACAAAACCUGCACUGGCUUUAAAAUGUAAUGUUAGUAAUACACGUCAUACUUGUAGAGUAAUGCAUCUUUAUGUGCAUCUAGGUUUUGUACUGUGGGCAUUCUCAUUGUUCUGCUAUGGCAACCUGUUGUUACUGCAUCUUUUGGUAUUGGUUUUCUACUGCAGAGUUCUAACCAACUGUUGGUCUGUACUGUCACUCUUUUUAUGUAGAACUGCUUACAGCCUCUGGCUUUCCUUAUUGCAUAAAUAAACAAAAACAUCUUAUCCUG